UCUCCUUGUCACCAUCUGUGGCACAAUCCUUCUCUGUCACUCUCCCUGCCACCCCCUCCUUCUCCUCCCUCCUUCCCCGCUCUCUCUCCCUGCAUCUCUCUCUGCAUCCCUCCCUCUCGCCCCUUCUCUCGCUCUUUCCUCCUCUUUCUCUUCUCCUGUCACGCAUUUCUCAUCACUCCCCCUCAUUCUGGCUUUCCACCCACUGCCGUCUUCUCUGUCUCUCCCUCUCUCUCUACCUCCGACCGACCCCCCUUUUCCCUCUCUUUCUAUUGGUUUUUUAUGGUCCCCUGUUCCCCAUUUCUCUUCUUUUUCUUGGGAGGCUUCUCCCUCCUCCCCCACCCCAGGCUCCUGCUUGCAGACCCCCCAUCUGUGCCCCUACCCCCCGCCACCACCCAAGACGUGUCCUGGAGAUGGGGGGUGAUGCACCAGGCGCUGGUGGGAAGUCAGGGCCGGAGACCAGAUGGGAGCGGCUCUGUGGGCAGACGUGGUCGCUGCAGGCCUAGGAGGGGGUUCCGUUCGCAAGCCGUCUAAAAGUGGGCACAGUGUGGAGCGCCCGGCUAAGGGGUGCUCGGGGGCACUGGGGACUGGGCAGGGAGAGGGGGCAGCAGAAUGAUAACCGGCUUGGCGGCAAGGAGGGGAGCCCUCACCCCAUGGGCAGGCCAGUAGCUGACUGCUGACCACCCUCUCUUGGCCAUGGACACCCCUGGCUAUCCUUCACUGGUGCCCACGCCCUCGGAACCCUGGAACGCCUCUUCGGCUUGGCCCCUGGAUGCCAUCCUUGGAAACGCGUCCGCAGCACGGAGUGCAGCAGGGCUGGCUGUCAGCGGCAUUCUGAUCCCACUGGUCUACCUGGUGGUGUGCGUGGUGGGCCUGCUGGGCAACUCACUGGUCAUCUACGUGGUCCUGCGACAGACGGCCAGCCCGUCGGUCACCAAUAUCUACAUCCUCAACCUGGCGCUGGCUGACGAGCUUUUCAUGCUGGGGCUGCCCUUCCUGGCCGCCCAGAACGCCCUGUCCUACUGGCCCUUCGGGUCCCUCAUGUGCCGCCUGGUCAUGGCUGUGGACGGCAUCAACCAGUUCACCAGCAUCUUCUGUCUCACUGUCAUGAGCGUGGACCGCUACUUGGCGGUAGCGCAUCCCACCCGCUCAGCCCGCUGGCGCACGGCGCCCGUGGCCCGCACAGUCAGCGCGGCCGUCUGGGUGGCCUCAGCCGUGGUAGUGCUGCCCGUGGUGGUCUUCUCUGGCGUGCCCCGUGGCAUGAGCACCUGCCACAUGCAGUGGCCCGAGCCGGCGGCGGCCUGGCGGGCUGGCUUCAUCAUCUACACGGCCGCACUGGGCUUCUUUGGGCCGCUGCUGGUCAUUUGCCUCUGCUACCUGCUCAUCGUGGUCAAGGUGCGCUCAGCUGGGCGGCGGGUGUGGGCACCCUCGUGCCAGCGGCGGCGGCAUUCUGAGCGCAGGGUCACGCGCAUGGUGGUGGCCGUGGUGGCCCUCUUUGUCCUCUGCUGGAUGCCCUUUUAUGUGCUCAACAUCAUCAACGUGGUGUGCCCGCUGCCCGAGGAACCCGCCUUCUUCGGCCUCUACUUCCUGGUGGUGGCACUGCCCUACGCCAACAGCUGUGCCAACCCCAUCCUUUACGGCUUCCUCUCCUACCGCUUCAAGCAGGGCUUCCGCAGGGUCCUGCUGCGGCCCUCCCGCCGUGUGCGCAACCAGGAGCCUCCCCUGGGGCCUCCAGAGAAGACAGAGGAAGAGGAGGAUGAGGAAGAGGAUGGAGGUGGGGAGGAUGGGCAGGAGGGAGCAGGGAAGCAUGAGGAGCUGAAGGAGAUGAAUGGCCGGGUCAACCGGAUCACACAGCCGGGUCCCAGCGGACAGGAGCAGCCUCCCAGCGGCCCCACCAGAAAGGAGCGUCAGUUCCUACCCCAAGAACCCUCAGCUGCGGAGAAGUCAGGCACCCUGCACAUCAGCUAUCUGUAAGGGCCUGCGGAGGGCCAGGGUAGCCCAAGGACAGGGCAAAGACUGUGGGUACGCCUAGGGCAUGCCACCUGAGGUGCCAGGGGCCCAUGAUGGGAAGUUCAGAGGCCUGGGCUCUGAUCCCAUUGCUGCCGAGACUUGCUGUGUGACCUCAGAUAGGUCACUUCCCCUCUCUGGGCCUUGUGUUCUCCUCUGUGACUCAGGGAUGCGAGAUACGGCCUGGACGAGCUCUAUCAGAUGAGAAGUCUGGAGGGGCACCACUGCUGGGCUGGGUGGGGUCAGGUUAAGGGGAUAGGUACCGACUGGCUUUCCCCUUCCGAAACAGAGCAUCCUGAAUCUUGGCCCUCAGAGGGAUAAACCAAGGCCUGGAUUUCCCGGGCUCAGAGUCAGGUUCACAAAAGAGGGAGUGGGGGCCCACAUUCACAGGGAGUGGUACUGCAUCCCCAAAUAGGAUAAAGUCUUACCUGGUAGGGAGAAGGGGUAUGAGAUUGCCCAGGCCCCCAUCAGCUCUCCCCCUCUUGCUGCAAGCCUGUGGGCCAGCUCGUCUCCUCUCUGGGCCUCAGGCCUCACCUGCUAAACAACCCAAUAACCUCCAGGCCCUCUUGGCCCAGACAGUCAAUGCCAGGACUCCUGUAUUCCCGGACAAGAGGAGAAGAGGUGAUUUUCCAGGAAGCUAAUUAAGUCGAGCUUCAGGGUCCCUGACUGCUCGGGGCCUUCUGAGGCCCUGAGUCUAAUUUUGUACUUGUAAUUUUGUAUUCCUUUUCUUAAAGAGGGACCCCAUGUUGCAUAAGCUUAGGCCACCCAAAGGCUAGCUCAGGCCCUGUUGGGGGCAGCUAAUCAAUCCUCAAAGCAGCUCACUUUGUGUCCUGUGGCUGGAGGGGGUCUCAGGGUCUUUGAGGGCUCAGGAACCUCCUCAUAGGAGAAAUCCUCCCUGCUUCUCCCCCUUCGGCGACUAAGGCAGGGACCUGGCCCAGGCAGCCUGGAAUGGGAAGGCAGAGUGUCUAAACAGAGCUGGGAGGAGAAGGAAGAAGAAGAGGAGGGAGAGGAAGGGGGAAGAGAAAGGAGGAAGAGAAAGGCGAAGGAGGAGGACAAGCAGGAGGAGGUGGAGGACAGAUCUGUUCCAUGACCUUGGAGCCGACCUUGGCC